CUGAGGCCUUGUCUCCCUCCCUCUAGGGCAUUCGACCGGCGGAGCCCCUCAGGGCAGGAACCCAAUUGCCGAGGGCUGGGUCCCGGGGGCACUCUCAAGCGCCAAUUGGCCCAGGAGAGGUCCAUGCCAGCUGCCAGCACGACAGAGGCAUCCAUCUGUUUUAGAUACUCCUCACUGUGGUAUCUGGGGAAACUGAGGCACAGAGAUCAGGGCCAUAGUGCAGCAGGACCUUGAACCCAGGACUCCUAGCCCAGCCUGACAUCUGCCCCCCAGGCCAGACGGGGUCAGGGUCCAGCUGUGAGGUACCCCAAGACAGAGACAUCCCCUGCUGUGGGGGUAUUUCCCUACAGAUGUCGCUACCUCCUAGGGCCGUGCUGUCAGAGGUGCAGGGUGCUGUGCGUGGGGGCUUGCGGCAAACCAAACGGGGAUUAGGUGCCAUGCUUUGGACAGGGGACGGGAAGGACUGACGACUGUGAGCUCUGUGUCAGGGCAGCACACGGCGUGACAGGGCCCUGAUCUCGGUGACUCUGUGUCUGGGCAGCGCCGGCCUGACGGGGCACUGAUCUCGAGGACUCUGGGUCUGGGCAGGGCCCGGCCUGACGGGGCCCCGAUCUCGGUGACUUUGUGUCUGGGCAGCGCCUGGCGCAGAGACAGAGGACUGCCCAUCUGACCAGGUGGGCAGGGAGGUUGGCAGAGAGCAAGGUGUUUUGGGGAGGUGUCUGUGUGUGUAUCUAUUGUGUCUGUAGCUCUGAUUGUGUGCGGGGGGAGGGGUGCCCCCCAACCCCAUCCCCAUUCGCCACGGGGCCCAUGGCGGCCUCCCAGCUGGACUGCCUGGAGGACGCCCCUGCAGGGACCCCAGUGACUGAAUCCAGCCCCGAAUUCUUCUACUCGGAGGGGCAGCGGCUGGCUGUGGAGGCCUUGCUGGCCGGAGGGCAGUCGGCCUACGUGCAGUGCCUAGCGCAGGACAGGCUGCGCCCCUUCCUGUCCAACGACGAGCUCCGGCACCUGGCUGAGGCAGCCCAGGAUGUCCCAGAGCCAGCAGGGGAGUGCGAGGGGGAUGCCGACGAGCUCAGCCUCAGCUACUGGCCUGGGUGCUCGGAUGAGCCCAUCCCCGAACUGGAGCUGGGCUGGCCCCUGGAUGGGAACUGGAAGGGCAUCACCCGUGCGGAGGUCUACACCCAUCCGCCGGGGGAUGGAGCCCCCAAGGUCAAGGAGCUGGUGCGCAGGAAAAUUCAGCAGGCUGCCAAGGUGGUUGCCAUAGUGAUGGACGUCUUCACGGACCCCGAUAUCCUGCUGGACCUGCACGAGGCCGGCACGCAGCGCGGGGUCCCCGUCUACCUGAUUCUGGGGGAGGAGCACCUGGCCGCCUUCCUCAGCACGGCAGAGGGCGCCUGCCUCAACGUGCGCUACAUGGAGAACGCAAUGGUCAUCCUCACUGUGAAUCACUGCCGUGAUGACAUCAUCACUGUUGAGAUCACACGCCUGUGGAAUGGGCCAAUGAAUCUUGGCUGCCUUAUUUCUCUGGCAGCAGGAGGUGCUGGAGUUGUCUUCCGCCAAGCGGCCCAGAUCGACCUGGUUCUUGCCCUCCCCUCGUGUGUGAUCACCCCGCUGCUCCCAUCUCCCCUGCUGGCGCUUCUUUCUCCUGCUGGCGCGUGCUCGGCGCCACCAAGGAGUGUCUUCUUCUGCGACGGACAAGGCUGCACCCGGGCCAUCCGCGGGGCCAACAAGGCAGCACCCCGUCACCCACAUGGGGUGACCUACAGUGUCACCGUUGCUGCAAGGGAGCCUGUACGGGCGCGGCCCGCCCGCGAUGGCCCACCUGGCUUCACGUGGAGCGACGCCCGUCUGAGCCGCCAGCUGGUGACGCUGCUGACGGGCGAGAUCUGCGGGGCCUUCGACCACGAGUUCCGGACCCUCUACGCCGCCUCCCGCCCGCUGUCGCCCGCCCGGACCUCCCUGCCCAGCCCUCCG